ACUUCGUGCAGUUUCUUGGAGACGUGAAACCGUCUCGUCUCUUCUUCAUCUGAAAAGCGCAUCCUCUUAUUCGAUUAUGGCCAUGGAGAUUGGCUAUCAACAGUUCAGAGACCUUACGUUAGAGAUUAAAGGGCAGAAAACAAUCUAAAAGGAGAGAGAAUCUUCAUCCUCUCUUUCUCUCGUUUUCCCUCGCUUUCCUUUCUUUCCAUCCUCGUCAUCAUCAAGAAGCAGACAAAAAAUGAGCGUUAUUGACAUUUUAUUCAGAGUCGAUGAAAUCUGCAAAAAAUUCGACAAGCACGACGUCAACAAACAGCGCGAGUUCAAUGCCUAUGGAGAUGAUGCCUUCGCUCACCUCUAUGCCUCUGUGGAGUCUGACAUCGAAGCCGCGCUCAACAACUCAAUACAACGAAGUAUCAAUUACAAAACAGAGCUCUCCUCUCUUUUGUUUUACACUCAACAACAACACAGUGGAGGAAGAAAAAACGAGAAAACAACGAUUCUAGAAGACAAGCUCCUAGCCCUGCCGAAUUGCGGAGUACAAGCAUCACUCUCCGAUUGUACUCACGGAGAAUACAAUAAGGUCAAAGGGCUUUCAAAAGAAGAACUAGAAAUCUGUCAUGAUCUUGUUCUUGCACUGCCAGAGAGGAUUCAAGCCAAACCAGAUGGGACCAUCGUAAAAGACAAACAAACUGGAGGAUGGGCAGGAUCAGCACCUAACAAAAAUGUCAAGUUUGACUCGUCUGAUGAACAACUUCAAGAUGAUUUUACCAACAAAGUGAAGAAUCAAGUCAAUUUAGACGAGUAUGAAAUGUGGAAGUUAAAACAGAGGAUCAAGGUCUUGAUUUUAUAUUGGAAGAAUUGGAGACACUGAAGAAUUUGGCUCAUGAUAUGAAUGAGGAAUUGGAUAGGCAAGUUCCUCCAAUUGACGAAAUUGAUAAAGGUGGUCAAGGCAACUUCAAAUCUUAUAAAUACAAAUGUUUGGAUCAAGAAAACAAUUGUCCAGGGAAGUAAUAUAAAUACAAAUAUUUUACUUUUAUAUGUUCCACCAUAGUCUUUAAUUCAGCAUACCCUUUUUCUAAUUGAAUUAGACAUUGUUCCAAUAAAUAGCUUCUCCUCCCAGAUGAGUUCCAGUAGGAACUUCUGCAUUGACAUUAUUCUGCUUUGUGUAAGCCUGGGGAUUGCAUCCUAUACCUACAAGUACUUCCUUGUCUAUUUUUAAAUUUGACAUAUUUGGAAGCAUAUACCUUUCACUUUAUUUUUUUAGUUUCCUGACUUGAUUAUGGAAUAAUUUUGAAUUGAUUUUCUUAACGUACUUGGUUAAGAAUUUGAUGGCAAAAGACUGGUUUGUAAAAGGGGCUUAAGUAUUCAAGUACUAAAUAAAAACCAUAGCCAGUGAAAACUGUCAGUGUGCAGUUUUUGCUCUUUUUUUUAUUCAUGUUGAAAUAUAAUGACUUUGAUUUCCAAGUUCAGUUAUAUAAUGCAAUUCUAUCAGGAAGGAUGGACCAUUUCUAUAUACAUCUCAUCAAAAUAUCCAUCUUAUUAAGAAUGAUUUUCAUCAUCUGAGUGUCUUUUCUGUUUUCUUUCAUUAUCUUAAGCACUUGUUCAUUUAUUAUACUGC